AUGUACCUAUCGUCUUGCAGUUCGGGAUCAUUUGCAAGGUGGGGCGCGAGAUGGGAUGUUGGAAUUGAAGCUGCUAAGCGCCCUAAACGUCCUAUUGCCUUUUAUUUUAAUGUCGCUACCAUGACCCAGGGUUUCAUUGGUUGUAUGUUUGUGAUUUCAAAGCGACUUGGAAUAGAAAUGCCGUCGGAUGUAAUUCAAUUCGAUCCAGAAUUUUACGAACAACUUCCCACUCUCAGCCCAUCUAAUGGAGAUGAUAAGCUUUCUACGCUCAUUGAAGCACCUGAAGACCAAGCAUUUGGGUCUUGUGUGAUCUUGGGGGCUAUAUUAAACUUUACUGACAUUAUUAUGAAUUUGCAGUACGAAAAGAGUAGAAUAUUAGAAUUCUUAAACAGUCCCUCAGGGCGACAUUUGUUUCAAAUUCGUGCCAAUUUUGAGCAUUAUCUCCUUCUUGGCACUUUACCUACUCCUGGCGGAUAUGCUGAAUUAACUCUCCCUUCAGAGCCACAAAUUCAUGCGUGUUGGGAUCUUACAGUGGAUGGCAAUCAACCUCCUGAUUACCAAGCUAAUUAUCUUAUUGAAGUACGCGAUAUGACCCAAGGUUUCAUGGGUUGUGUGUUCGUUCUUUCGAGGUGGUAUAGGUUGGAAAUGCCACAUGAUCUCAUUCAAUUUGAUCCAAGCUUUUAUCGACGGCUACACUCACUAAUACCACAAGCUCAAUAUAUUGCCCGUUUUGUAUAUUCUUUUCACUUUAACAUAGCUGCUUUGCAAUUUUUGUCACGUCUUUUGAUCUAA